CCUGUGAGUCGCGUGAAGAUGCGCAUUCAGAGCUGUUUCCACCGGAGCACCGAGCAGCGCGAGGCGGAACUACGUGCGCAGUCCUGCCGUGAAUCACACAUCACCACGGCAACCGGCGGUCACACCAAGUCCCCGUCAGCAUCACCGGGGUCCGAUCACAUCCAGAGCCCACCGGAGAGCACAGGACACACACAGCAGCAUCUCGGAUUUGAGCUUCAAGCAGCUGUCGCAUUUGUUUAUAGAGCACACAAUCUGAGUCAGUCUGACCUGAGCUGCCUGUCCCCCUGCCAUCUAUCCAGAUCAAUCCCGGCAUUUUCAGGCAGCUAAGCAGCCAUGGUGAAGUUAGGCAGCAAUCUGUCUGAUAAACUGGAGAAGCAGCCGUCUGCUGACGACGGAUUUGAUAACAUCCCGCUGAUCACACCCCUGGAGGUCAGCCAGCUCCAGAGGUCGUACGCAGACAGGGUCAUUGUGAAGACAUCAACACAAUAUCAGCUGCAGCAGAAGAAAAAGAACAAGCCUUACGUUCCCAAUAUCAAGAAGCUGAAUAUCAACUUCUACAGUGAUGUUACAGAGAAAGCCAAGGUCACAGGUCUGAUCCUCAUCACUUUGGCCUUCCUGACCAGCUUGCUCCUCCUGCUCAUGUACAAAGCUAUGUGGUAUGACCAACUUACCUGCCCAGAGGGAUUCAUCCUGAAGCAGAAGCACUGCACCCCGGCCGCUCUGGAGAUGUACUACACUGAGCAGCAGCAGCAGCAGGAGGAGCCGGGGGUGCACGGCGGCGCUGGGCUGUAUGCUGCGCUCAGCCACCUCAACCAGGUGAAGAGGACCGGACCUGAACUGCCAUCGGCAUGGUUACCAGUCCCCAGUGCCCUGAACGAGGCAGAGGUGACCAACCAACGCAGCGAGCUGCUGACAGGCGAGCAGGAGGGAGAGUAGUGAGGGGCGGACAGGUGUUACAGCAGGAAAUGAUGAUGGGGAGGCAGCGUAGGUUAUUUUUUGACCCUGUGUUUAGGAUUUGUUUCUUUCCUCGUACAGACCAUUAAAUCAGUUGUUUAUACUGGUGCUCCAAAACCUUUAGGUACAAUAGCAUGUUAGGGCCAAGUCAGAGAUUUUACUAACAGUAAUUAAGUUGUUAAUUCAAUAGAAUAUAUAUUUAGAUUAUAAUGUCAUCUAUUUGAGUGAAGUAAAUAUACAACUUUAUUCACUCAAAGAUGUAUCCACGUUUUUUUAUUUUCUUUGUAAAUGUAUUUAAAGUAGGCCUAUUACCCUUCUCACUGACUCCGUAUUAGCCCUGAUAUGCCGUUGUACAAAGGUGUCUGUAUAACAAAUUAAAGUUCAACCAUCAGCUAUGUAAACCACA